UAGCGCAUCUCUUCACUGUGCAAAUUCCAAAAAUUUUCCGGCUAUUUAUUUCUUCACGUGAUUAAAAUUAAUGCAGGAAUUUUAGUGGGGAGGGCUCGCGCCUCAAAACCGUGAAUUUCGUCCCCAGUCAAAAAGUUGUGCUUGAAGACUUGACUUUAUGGCUAGUGUACUCCACACUUGCAACGUGCCACUUGUUAUUUUUACGCAUUAAUUUUUUUUUUUAUUUUCGUUGUUUUUUUUCGGCGGUGGAGGAGGAGGAAAGGAGCGUGAAAGAGAGUGGCUUUUGGUUGGCCGUACUCACGACUGUACUCCCUCCAGGGUUUGUGGCUUUUAACUUCCCAUACCAGCAUUAUUCGAAUAUACUUGAAGCCUUUUGCCUCUCCCGGUUGAGUUUACUAGCCGAGUUCACUCCUCUCGCAGGCUCAGUCCGUUCUGUGACGAUCGAGGUGCCAGUUUUUUUUUUUCGCCGGAUUGAGACAAUAUCUAUUUGGAUAACUGAUCACUCAUGUUAUCCAUGUGAUGUGGGCACGACAACCUGUGCUCGAUAGAGAAAACAUUGUAAACAACGAGGGAAAUUGCUGAGGACGAGGAGGAAAAGAGAAAGGAAGGGGUUUAAUCUUCUUCUUGAUUCAAAUACUUUCCCUUCUGAAGUGCAUUCGGAGGAAAUUAGCAGCAUGAGGACCAGUCGCUUACGCGGCAAUGCAGUUGUGCUGAUUGGACUACUCAUUGUAAUCUGCCAGACGUUCGCCAGUACUGUUAUUCAGAAUGUCGAUUUAAACGAAUAUGUCUAUGGAAUCGACGACGAUCUCCAAGCCCGAGCACGUGCCGCCAUCGAGGCCGAACGGCAUGCCUUUCAAAACAACUGGAGGCAGACUGCAGUUAACAACAACAGCAGUGACUGCAUCGACACGAAGGAAAACCCAUGUCCCCCGUCCAAGUACAGAACACCCUCUGGAGCUUGCAAUAACAUCAGACAUCCUUCCUGGGGGGCUAGAGGAUCACCAUACCUGAAGUUCAUAUCUUCCAAAUAUUCAGAUGGCAUAUCCCGCCCGAGAUCAUCGUUGACGCGUCACGUUCUCCCGAGUGCAUCGGACAUCGUCUCACGUCUGGAGAGCUCGAGCCUCCGCAGGGGUCUGCAAAACGAGGAGCGAAAAGCCCUGACCAGUCUGGCGGGUGUCUGGUCGGAGCUGGUCCUCCGGGACAUCUCCUCGCCAGUCUUCCCAGGCCUAGACCUGUCCCGCUGCUGCCAGACUGACACUCCUCACGCUGAAUGCUACACGAGCUCGGAGUCGACGGGCGAUUGCCGGCCCUACUACAGGAACGUACCCUCGCGCACGGCCUACGGCUGCAAGUUCAGCGGCCGCGAGCAGAUGAACGGAGUAUCCGGCUUCCUAGACGGCUCCGACAUCUACGGCAGCACAGACGACAAGCUCCAUAAAAUCCGAAAGUACGUGGCAGGUCUCGUCAACCUGUCCAACUGCGAGACUUGCAGGGACAGGGCGAGCCAACUUGGAAAGCUCUAUUCCCUCUUGUUGAACGAGCACAACAGAAUCGCUGGGCAAUUGAGUAAGUUGAACGCCCACUGGGAUGAUGCAAAGCUCUUCUUGGAGGCGAGGAGAGCGGUGGUGGCGCAGAUUCAGAGGAUAACCCUUCAGGAAUACGCUUCAAGCAUCCUUGGAGAGUCGGAAAUUGGGGAACUCGAGCAGAUAAACUCAGGUUCCUACAAGGGCUACUCCUCGAACAAUCGAGCUGGUGCCUUUGACGUAGUUGCCCUGGCAGUCCUACCAGCCUUGACAUCACUCUCGAAGCGUACAUCAGGAAGGGUAUCCCUCGAAGCCGAGGUGGAACUCGCAGCGAAUCCAUUGACCCUAGAUGUGUCGCAAUGGACGAACAAUAACUACUGGAAUGCAUCAGCAUUGCUGAUCCACACAGCCAGGGAUCACGGUAUCCCCGGGUACACUGCAUUCCUGGAGCACUGCACAUCAGGAACGAUGAGCAAACACAUGAAGCCUGAGAACAAAGCACUCUUGGAGAAUAUCUACGGUCGAAUAGAUGAUGUGGAUGUUCUGAUUGGUGGAAUACUAGAGAAUCCCAGUGACGGAUCCGCCGUGGGACCGACAUUUGGUUGUCUUCUGGCGGGUCAACUGGCGAAGAUCAGAAACUCCGACAGAUUCUGGUAUGAGAAUGACCUGCCACCGUCGAGCUUGAGCAGCGAGCAGUUGUCAGCGAUGAGGAGAACUAGUCUCGCUGGUCUUCUGUGCGCGAAUGCCCCGAUAGCCGCAGUUCAGCCGAUGGCUUUCUUGCAGAGUGAUGCCUACCUCAACGCCAAGAUCGAUUGCGACAGGCACAAUCCCCUGGAUGUGUCAGCAUGGCGCGAAGAAAGAAGAGAAGAACGCAAGAAGGAGGAGACGAACAGAGAUAGGAGUGAUGAUGUUACAGCUUUCGACGCUGAAAAGCCAUCCUCAUCAUCGUGGAUCGAAAACCCCGAUGAUGAAGAGCCUGUCAUCAACGCCGACAUGAUAGCGGCGGCUCUGGCAAAGGCUCAGCAGGACUUGAUGGAGAGAAAGCGGUUGGAGUAUAACUCUUGGCUUCAGCAGAGAUAUGCCGAUCCCAAGUCACCAGCAGGUACAGCUGCCAGUUUCUCAAAAGCCAAUAGAGAUGCCCUCUCCCUCGCUAAUUCCUCGAUCCUCUUCGAACUGGCGACUAAUGAGAUCAUCAACGGUGCCCACGGCCUGCGGAGGAGAAAACGUCAGGCCUUUGACAGCUCCGAUAAUAUUCUGGGAUUUCCCGGCAACGACUUUUCAGACGUUCUCCAAAACGUGGAUCUCACCAAUUUCGUGUCGAACUCAAGACCCAGCGAUCCUAGCGAGAUAGACUGCCCCGUGGACGACAGCCCCUGUGAUCCAACAUCUCCUUACAGAACGCUCACAGGGCACUGUAACAACCUGAGGAACCCCAGACUGGGAAAAUCCCUGACGACAUUCGCUAGGUUGCUACCACCCGCGUAUGACGAUGGCGUGUCAAAGCCCAGGAUCACCUCAGUUCAAGGCGGACCCCUUCCAAACCCCAGGACUAUAUCCACAACAAUGCACCCGGACAUUUCCAAUCUCCACAACAGAUAUACCUUGAUGGUGAUGCAAUUCGCCCAGUUCGUAGAUCAUGAUCUCACAAUGACACCCAUUCACAAGGGCUUCGCCGAGUCAAUUCCCUCGUGCAGAUCAUGCGACUCCGCCAGAACUGUUCACCCAGAGUGCAAUCCCUUCCCAGUGCCACCUGGUGACCACUUCUUCCCCACGCACAACUCAACAACUGGAGAAAGACUCUGCAUUCCUUCGAUGAGAUCCCUACCAGGUCAACAGAACCUCGGACCACGUGAGCAGGUCAAUCAGAACACAGCAUUUUUAGACGCUUCGGUUGUUUACGGUGAGAACAUCUGUAUCGGGAACAUUCUUCGAGGCUUCAGUGGCCGAAUGAACAUCACCAAUCACCCGAAUAGGCUCAAGGACCUUCUGCCACAAUCGGCUACACAUCCGGAAUGCAAAUCACCUUCAGGAUAUUGCUUUAUUGGAGGCGAUGGGAGAGCUUCGGAGCAACCUGGAUUGACAGUGAUGCACACCAUGUGGGUUCGCGAGCACAACAGAAUCAUGGAGGGCCUGAGGAGGGUUAAUCCUCACUGGGAUGGGGAGAAGCUGUACCAGGAGACGAGGAGGAUCCUCAGUGCGAUGUUGCAACAUAUAACGUACAAUGAAUUCUUCCCGAGAAUUCUUGGCUGGAAUGCUGUAAGUCUGUACGGGCUCAAGCUUCUGCCCCAGGGGUACUACAGAGAGUAUUCCCCAACGUGCAAUCCCAGCAUCCUUACCGAAUUCGCCAGCGCAGCUUACAGGAUAGGGCACUCCCUUUUGAGACCGCAUCUGCCCAGGAUGGAUCAGAACUACCGGCCUGUUGAUCCUCCCAUCCUCCUUCGCGAUGGAUUCUUCAACGUGGAUAUGCUUUACAGAGUUGAUAUGGUUGACGAAAUGCUCAGGGGAUUGGUCUCCACACCCAUGGAGACCAUGGACCAAUUCAUCACUGGUGAAGUGACGAAUCACUUAUUCGAGAACAGAAAGAUUCUCCAUUCUGGAGUAGAUCUGAUCGCUCUGAAUGUCCAGAGAGCUCGCGAUCAUGGAAUACCUGGUUACAACAAUUACCGUGCACUCUGUAACUUGAAGAGGGCGACAACUUUUGAGGAUCUCUCCAGGGAAAUGGCGCCGGAGGUAAUCGCCAGAUUGAAGAGAAUCUACGCGAGUGUUGACGACAUCGAUCUGUUCCCCGGGGGCAUGAGUGAACGACCACUUCAGGGGGGUCUGGUUGGGCCCACCUUCGGCUGCAUCAUUGCGAUACAGAUGAGGCAGUUGAGGAAGUGCGACAGGUUCUGGUAUGAAACUGACGAUCCGAAUAUCAGAUUCACUGAGCAGCAGUUGACGGAGCUCAGGAAGAACACAUUGGCGAAAGUCCUCUGCGAGAAUAUGGACUCUCACGUGGAAAUGCAGAGAGCUGCCUUCGAUCUGCCCUCGAAUUUCUUAAACCCGAGAGUGCCGUGCAGCACUAUGGCGCAGAUGGAUUUCAGCGCAUGGAAGGAGACCAGGAGCACCGGGUGCCUGAUCGGUGGAAGAAAUGUUGCUGUUGGGGAGAGCGGCUUCCCCUCACCUUGCACCAGUUGUGUCUGCACUAAUGAAGGGACACAAUGUGCCUCUCUACGAGUCACCGACUGUCCCCAACUCCUCCGUGAAGCUUCACGGGAGGCCAUUCUUCGUGACGACGUCUGCACCGCUCAAUGUGGCUUCGCCCUGGCAGCGGCCGAUUCAACAUCAAGACAAUCAUUCCAAAGUGCAUCAGCAUCAGCAUCAGCAUUCGCAUUUUCAGCUCCCGUACAGAGCAAUCCUACCUCUUUCAAUGACUUCAAACUGCCCGAUCUUUCUCAGUUCGUUGGGUAAAGAGACAGGAGGGAUAUCGUUAUAUAAACGAAUCCAAUUACGUAUUUGCGAGUGUAAAUAUAGAUCGCAAAAGUGUGGAUGAGUAUUUUUAUAAUUUUUCUACUUUCAUUGGGAACAUUUGAGAAUUUGGUUGUUGACUCUUAAUGACUGAAUGAGUUUUCACAUUUUCUCACGUUUCAACAUGAAUUACAGAUACUGCCAAGGGACUACUCAGAUGUACAAUUUUUUUAACGAAUUAUCGUCUAUUAUCGCAGGUGAUUCCGAGUCUACACCCUUUCCCCAUUCCCUCUUCCUUCAUUCAAAUUCAUGGGAUGGUCUUGUAAUGUUCAAUUUUAUUAAUUUUCUAUUUAGUGUAAAAUAUUAAAAAGAAUGUUUUGUAUACCGUUGAUUAUGUAUUUGUUCCAUUAAAAAUCACCUUUUAUUGUUUUAAAAAA